AUGUCGGCCAGACGGUCAUGUCACGGCUUCGUGUUGAGCGUGCGCUCAUUGUGCUCAGCCGCACGACGGCGUUUAUACUCCACCAACACAGCGUCUGCACCCAGCUCGUCGGCACGUUUAUCAGCAAGACUGCGCUUCGCGCCGUCUCCGACAGGCUAUCUGCACCUCGGUGGCUUACGAACGGCGCUGUUCAACCACCUGUAUGCGCGCGCUCUUGGCGGAAAGUGGAUCCUGCGUAUCGAAGAUACUGACCAAACGCGGCUGGUACCGGGGUCGAUCUCGGCUCUGCAAGAAACCCUCUGCUGGGCGAAACUCGAUUACGACGAAGGACCGUCUUGUGGAGGCGCAUAUGGUCCAUACAUCCAAAGUGAGCGAUUGGAUCUCUAUCGGUCGUAUGCGGAAAAACUGAUUGAUCAAGGAAAAGCCUAUCGGGAUUUUCGAGCUGAAGUUGUCGCAGACGAUGCGUCGAAACGGGGUGUCAACAACGUACCGCUACGAGACAGCUAUAUCGCACCAGACGAAACCGAGGCGAGGCACUUGAUAUCUCUGGGUAAACCCUACGUUGUACGUUUACGCGCUCCGACAAAAGCGCUCGAUCAUCAAGACCUCGUCUACGGCCAUAUUCACUUCCCCUCGGAUCCGCUGCGUCACGGGACCGAAGAUGCGAUCUUGCUCAAAUCCAACGGCUGGCCCACUUACCACCUGGCUUCCGUGGUAGAUGACCACGAAAUGGCUAUCACGCAUGUGCUUCGAGGGGAAGAAUGGCUACCGUCACUACCGAAGCAUCUUUGGCUCUACAAGGCGUUAGAUUUCACGCCGCCCAAAUUCGCGCAUUUGCCCCUGCUCGUGAAUGCGGACGGGACAAAGUUGAGCAAGCGAACUGGCGACGUGCGCGUCGAAAGCUACCGAGAUAAAGGCGUUGAACCCGAGGCGCUUUGUAACAUGCUCGGCUUGACGGGGUACAACAAUCUCGCCUAUCACCAACGCCACUCUGAGCACGAUGAAUCCGCAUACGACGUGCUGACUAUGCAGGACAUGAUAAAUGGCUUCGACAUCUGUCACGUCAACCGAAGCAGGGCCACUGUCGAUCUGGCCAAGCUGUACUAUCUGAAUGCAAGACAUGUGGCUCUCAAGUUGCAGGACGCACGCAAGGGGGGAGGCAGGGAUGAGUUGGUGGCCAGGCUCAAACCGAGGUUGAUCGCCGCUUUCCCCGAAGUGGACCAGAGUCACUGGGAGCAAGUGGGGUAUGUGGAGAGGGUUAUUGAACUAGCGCGAGGUGGUACUGGGACGAUAUACGAUAUCCCUGCUGCUGCCAAUACACUUUUUCGAGCGCCUGUCUGGCUUCCGCAACCUCCUAAGGAAACGGUCGAGUUGUGGAGGCGAAACCGUCUUAUCCACAAGCACUUCCUCACCGCUGUCCAAACCGCUCACCACCAACUUGCCCAACUUGCCACUUCAGACUGGACCAGAGACAACCUCCACUCGCUCAUAGCCACUCUACCCAAACUCGUCACCACCAGUGCUCGAGACAAAAUCAAGAAAGCUGCCAUCUUGGCACCUCUCCGAUUUGCAAUCAGCGCAAACGAACGAGGCGCUCCCCUAGCAGAUCUCCUCCUCUUCUUGGGCAAACAGCCCUCCCUCUAUCGCCUCAAAUCUGCCUCGGACGCAUACGAGGCUGGUGCCUUGCCACGAGAUCUAGACCAAGACUCUGUCUGA